AUGGUCGCCGUCAAGAACGAUGUGAACGUGUUCUACUUCGCCACCAUCGUGCCCCUUGUCGUCUACUUUGCCGAGGGAGGCCAAAUGGAAAAACGCGAAUUCCUUGAAAUGUGGAAGGAGAUCCCCGAACAAAACGAGCAGCAGUUCCAGAUUCAGAAUAGUCAACAGCUCUCGGCCGAUCAAAUUUGCAAUAAACUGCAAGCCAACAACGUCUUCACCGUCGCCCGCCGAUCUGUCGAUUCUCAGGAACUUCUCUACCAUUCCAUCAAAUACACCAAUGGCCUCUACGUGCUCUCCGAACUGAAGCUCCACCAAGGGUCUCCCAACCUGACGCUCUCGCUGAAAUCUCGCCAUCUCUCCGCAAUCGCCAACCUCAAUGAGAUGUUCCAGCUGAUUUUGAAC